GGCAUUUGAUUUGCUGUAAGUGUGACUGUUGAUCAUGAAUUUAGGAGUCAUAGGAGUCUUCGUACGAAAAAUUGUUGAAUUUUAGUGUUCUUGUGAAUGUUUUGAAUUAAGUCAAAAUGUCUGCUAGCGUCCAGCCGCAUGAAGAUGUUGAAGAAUAUGUCUGCCCUGCAUGUAAAGAUGUGCUAACUGAUCCAAUCCUUCUACCGUGCUUACACUCACUCUGCAAGACGUGCCUUAGUACCAGUUACACACAAAACAUAUCCCAGCGUGUCUUCAAGUGCCCACAAUGUGAUGACGACAUUGAAAAACCGGACAACGGCGUGGAUGAAUUUCAACCGAACUAUUUUCUGAAUGGCUUAGUUUCUGUUUACAAGGCAAAAACAUCAAAAGACAUCAAAUGUAAAAUAUGCGAGUUUCAAAAGAAAGACAAUUUUGCUAUAUUAAAAUGUCUAAGCUGCGGGGACUUUCUUUGCGAGGAUUGUGGGAACGCACAUACGUUAACGCGCAUGACUAUGGACCAUCAAGUCGAGUCUCUUUCUGAGCUUCAAGAUGGCAGACGAGAUAAAGACAUGCGACAAAAACAGAUAAUAACUUGUAAAACUCAUGACGGUGAAUCAGUGAAGUAUUACUGCGAAUCUUGUUCAUUGCCUAUCUGCCGGGAAUGUCAAUUGGAAGAUCACGUUGGACAUACAUGUGCUACCGCCAAAGAUUCACAGGCAUCUAGACGCAAAGCUAUUGCAAACAUGAUCAUCAAUGUCGAGCAGAAGAUUCAGGCCCUGAAACAAAUUGCAGAAAACGUCGAUAGUACAGUAAAUGACAUCAACAAACGUGAAAAAGAUCUUAUCGAGGGUGUGGAAAAGACGGUUAAGAAACUAAUGGAUCAAAUCGAAAAGGAGAAGACAGAAAUACUGAAAGGUUUGAAGCAAACUAUGGAUGACCAAAGAGAUGCCUGUGCCGCGCGAAAAGAACAGAUCAAGACCCUGUCCGACAUUUUUGCUGGUAACGUGUCUUUCUGCAAUGAAAUCGUUAAAAAUGGAAAGGACGUAGAAGUAUUAUAUCAAGAGAAACCCAUUCGUCGUCGUUUGAUGGCGCUGCAGUCAAAAAAUGUCAGUGAUCUCGCGAUGAAAUGGCAUGCUCCUGAUAUAAGAUUCAGAAACGUAUUCCUGACCGUUGACCGCAUUGGAUUAUUCGAUUUAACUUUGUCGAAGGGGUUUUCUCGAAAACCGGAAGCUCCCCUCAAGUUCGGAGCAAGACAUGUCACUGGAUUCCAGCUUAUUAGACGCAUUAACACGACAGUUCCCCGUGAAGACAGCUUUGAGUGCCGGGCAACAGGGCUUGGUUUCUUGUACGAAGACCAUUUCGUCGUAGGUGACCAAGAAAACAGAAAAGUAAAGAUUUUUACACGAAUGGGUCAUUACACAGAAACAGUGGCCAAUGUCAAACCAUCCGGACUUGCCAUUUGCUGUGACGUCAUCGGCGUCACUGAUACAAUGUCAUUGCAUUUGUACACAAAUGAUAGAACUAUCAAAAAGAAAAUAUCACUAGAGAGUACAGGUUCAUCGUACCCAGUUGCCGCAUUGUCAGACCAGAACUUUAUAGUGGUAAAUAACAAAACAGCAUCUUUCCUGAUGUUUGAUUUACGAGGGGAACUGGUACAUGACGUUGUUCCAGCAAAAGGUUCCAAGAUCAGAAAUCCAGUCUUCAUAACAAGCAACAGCAAAGGUCAUAUCAUCGUCUCUGAUUGGCUUUCAAACUGCGUGAUUAUAAUGGACGAUCAAGGGAAGACAAUUAAGGAAUUCAAAAUCAAGGCGAAGAUGGGAAAAUCUGCAUGGCUGCCCGGUAGUAUCUGUUGUGACCAUUUCGAUAAUAUCUAUGUGUCAGACUUUAGCAGAAGCAGGAUAAUUGUACUGAAUCCCCAGGGAGAAUUUAUGUUCGAGCACGAGACCCGGAUGGACUACCUGGACAGGCCAAGGUGCAUGACAACCGAUGGUAACGGAUGUUUGUUAGUCUCGGGGAAGGGAGGAUAUCUCAACAUGUACAAUAUUCAGUAUAUUUGAAAUGGUCGCUUAGAUUAAGUAUUGGUAAAAUCAAAAUGUUUUUAAGACACUGAAAAGACGGUAGUCAAAAUUAAUAUAUGGAUUUUAUCAUUAUAUUCGUGUAGAUAAUAUCAGUAGAACAUUUUACAUUAUACAAGAUACCUAGCCUUUCCAGCCCUUUUCAUCAUAAGCAGAAAUAAGUUCAGAAAAAAAACAAUAUAUCACAUCACUCAGUUUCAAAUUAAGUUUUUAAAUGUAAAUGUAUCUUUUCUUAUAUUAAAUGUACAGUGGCAUA